UUUAUUUUGAUUAAGCUUGAGUUCACAAUUUAUCUAGAGUCAAGCAUGGACAAGGAGAAAGCUGAUAUAGUUGACAUUAACUGUCAGAAAGUUUUCGGGGAUUCCUUGAAGUCAGCUUCUGCUGAUUUAGACGAUGCUGAAACUAUUCCCUUCACUGUGUUCUGCUUCAGGGUUGGAAACUGUCAAGCUACUGACAGGCAGAAGGUUACUGAGAUAUUCCGGUCUGAAGGAAUUGAUCUGCUACUGUUAGAUUCAACUAAUAUCAGAACUGAAGUUGUAGCAACAGUAAAUUUACCUGGGGACUACAGGGAUCUCUCCGGGAGGUUUGUUGAGCGCCUGCUUGAAACUCGAGUAACCCGUGAGUACUGGAACUGUAGCGGAUGUGAGUUCAAGAAUAACCUCGCCCGCUUCAAGUGUCUCAUAAAGUUAAAAGUUGCACUGUCUGCACUCAAGCUACACCUUCUCAAUUUUGACUUCUCAAUUCGUUUGGAACCAUUUAGUAUUAGAGAGCUUCGGAACCUGCCCUGUUUACCCAAAGUACAGAAAAAUGGGCUGUACAGUUUGAUGGUUGAGUAUGAGAAUGGAGAACUUUACUCUCUGAAGAGAACUCUACAGUCUAUACCACACUACAAAAUUCUUCAAGGCGAGAAUGAAAAGAAGGUUCAAUUUGAGCAUCAUGAGGAUGCACUGCAGGCUUAUUUUCAUCUCAAGGAAUACAGGCUAGAGUUUCAAUCAAGGAAGGAUCUCCCCUGCCUUUGUCCUAUUGAAACAAAGCUUGCUUCUCUAACAGAAAAGAACCUGUGCAGCCUAAUCUUCAAGAAAACUCAAAAAAACAAGAACGCUAUUCAUAUACUUCCUGAAAACAUAAAACUGUUGAUCUAUCUGUGUCCAGACAUAAUUGUAUCCCAUGAUGAAGAAGGUGUUGUAUUGCAGUUUCCCAGUCCUGGAAUACUGAGCAGCAUACUCAAGUGUAAUUGCACUGAGGAGAGCAACACACUUGAAAAAGUCAAAGCCUUGGCACAAAGGUUUCAGAUCGUAAGGUUCCAUGAUUCGUAUAUGAUUCAGUGCUAUCAUGGGAUAUCUCAUGAGAUAUCAAGUUUUCUGAAUGAGAAUAAAGCUGGAAGCGUCGUAAAUAACAAUUUGAUUGCAUUUUCAGUGAAGUUUGAUUUAUUUCGUUUCCUUGUUAGAUUUUCUAGAACUGAUCUCAAGAUAAAGAGCGUGUGUAUUCAGUAUGUUGCACCUAACAAUAAUGCAACUCAACCAAUUUAUACUGCAGCGACCUACCAAUCUGGUGAUUCUCAGACUACUAAAAAUAGUCACAUCCUAACUUCUGACAACGUUGUUCUUGCUAAGGGAGAUGUAUCUGUAUUGACUGAAAAAAAUCUUUGUAGUAUGAUCUUCAAGCACUACUUAAAAUACAGAAACAAGAAAGCAGCUUUUGCCAAAAACCUUCGGGAUAUGAUACAUCAUUGUCCUGAUAUCAUAGUAGCUUCUACUGAAGAAAGUAUUGUGCUCAAGUUCCCAAGCCCAGAAAUUCUCACAGGCAUACUGAAUUUUAUGUGUUCUCAGGAAAGUAACUCAUUAGAGAAAAUCAAUACCCUACCUGAAAGAUUCAGACUUAGAGCAACCCCAUUGUGGGUGGUGAAAUGCAAGAUCAAUAUCAUCGAUCUCUCAGAUUUCCUCCAAACUCGUAAAGCAAUAAUCCUGGAUCAUACGGAGCCUGUACUCAUUGGAUUUAAGGAGAAGAAGUCUGCUUUUCAGUUCCUUGUUAAAUUCUGGUAUUUAGGACCAAUUAUUCACUGCAACAAUUUCAUUGAGGAUCUAGGUCCCACACAAGGAAACCAUCCAACCAGACAAGCUCUACCAAACACAAGCUUAAUUCUUAGUGAACAUGUUUCUUCAUCCACUUCAAGUUCCAUCACUUUAAAUCCAGAUAUUGAAGUGUUCACUCCAAUACAGCUGAAUGUUGCCACGUCCCCAAAUGCAUCCAAGGAUAGCAGUGCUCCUACUGAUAACCCUCAGCCAAUGGAGAUAACACUUGUACUGGAAGAUAUGAGUUUAGAAGAUGAGGAGGAGAACAAACUGGUCUCUAUACAUAAUGAGUGUAUCGAAGAAAGAACAGGUUUUCUGUUCCAUCCAAACUCCAUUUGUUUUCUAUAUCCGUUAGAGAUUAACAUGAAUCACACCUCUCAGCCAGAGAUCCCUCAUGGAAUUCUCUCCACUAAUGGUCCUGUAAUGAGAGUAACUAGGACACAAAAUGGAUUCUUACGGGUCUGGUAUUCUCAGCGGUAUGAAGCAGUUAGAACUGUUAAGCUUUUGAAUGAUAGAUAUGACAUUAAACAACUAAGGAUUGAAGAUAUUUGUGGCCAAGAGUUGCAGGAAGAGGGUGAAGGCAAAGAAAUGGAGUUGAUGAUUCUGUUUAGUUCAAGUACAAACCAGGAUAUCUCCAGUGAAUUUUGCGGGUCCAGGAUUUACAAGAAUAGUAAGGGUUGGGUUCUCCUGUUCGAGGAUCCUAGUCUCCUGUUUCAGGCUUUCUAUACCCUGCUCAGAGAUAAACAGUAUGAAGAUGUAGAUAUUCAACAACUAAGCUCUCUUUGUCCGGAGCUAAGACAAGAUGGUUUAGGCCUGUACACUCUAGAGAUACAACCUGGAUCCUUUACACAGAUACAGGUUCUGCAUGAUGCCAUGAAGGAAGGUGAGCUGGUCAGCUUCCAGAACAGUUUCCAGGAUAGAAGGAAGUUUACAACUAACACCAAGAUGUUUAUACAAUAUGAAACCAAGAAGGAGGCUCUCCGAACACUGCUGUAUAUGAGAAGCAAGUAUACAAUUACCAGUAGUUUGUCGGUUCCAGAUAAUAAUCUUGAGUUGGUUUACAGACCGGGAGUUGUAGACUCUAAACAUAUAUCCAAACAUUUUAAAUGUUUUGCCUGCAGAAUACACGAGGAAGAUCCAGGACAACUGCGGAUAAUGUUCAAGGACAAGAACAUUCUAAGAAAAGUUUACAAAAUCCACAGUUUUGACUCAAAUCUGUCUCUUCCUCCUCCACCCCUGCAACAAAAGCAACAAGAAUAGAAACAAUAAUGUCAUCAGAAUUUGAAACUAUAAUGUCAAGUAGCAUUUUUAUUUUUGGUUCAGUUUUUCAGAACUUUGGAAAAUCGAAAGAUUUUAUAAAAUGUCGUCUUGACAAUCUUUCAAUGUGUUUUACUUUUAGACCUUAAUCUCAAUAAUUGUGAAAAUAAAUAAUAAGCCAUGAAAUAUGCGGGAACAGUUCAAAGAGCUCCAUAUAAUUUUUCAGUUAAAAACUAAAUAUCUGCAGUAUUCCACUCAAUAGGUUUUUAAGACGACAUUUUGUAACUCAGCUUGAUGCCUGCAAAGUUUUGGGUCAAACUGUAUUCAGCACAUUGCACAAAUAUUGUCAUGCAAACUGUAUUCAGCACAUUGCACAAAUAUUGUCAUGCAAACUGUAUUCAGCACAUUGCACAAAUAUUGUCAUGCAAACUGUAUUCAGCACAUUGCACAAAUAUUGUCAUGCAAACUGUAUUCAGCACAUUGCACAAAUAUUGUCAUGCAAACUGUAUUCAGCACAUUGCACAAAUAUUGUCAUGCAAACUGUAUUCAGCACAUUGCACAAAUAUU